GCGACAUUAGAGAGAGACGACGGUCAAAAUCGAAGUGUCAACUUUUCAAGGAAAUGCCUCAAUUUGUCGAAGCGAAAAUAUAAAAGUUCUUUAUCGCCCCCCUAUGGAUACAUUAAGAGAUUUAAAUUCGAUCCUAUAAUGCCUCCAGUGUUGGUAGUCAUGGUAAUGUAGACAGGAGUCGCGAUACACACAGCGCUCACCCUCUCUGUCUGAGCUCUUUUUAGCAAAACUGUUUUUAGGUUGUUCAGAAAAACGCGCGAAUUUACGACAUGGAAGAAGAAACAUCUAAAGAGGAAGGAACUGUUGAACCAGCCAAAACAACGACUGAACAGGAAACAGAAGAAAAGAGCAAGACAGCAGAGGUAGCAGACACCAAUGCUGAACAGGUAGAAACUUCUACAGACCAACCAACAGAGACGAAUACAGACAAACCAUUAGAGACCAAUACAGACCAACCAACAGAAACCAAUACAGACGAACCAACAGAUACCAUUGUAAAUGAACCAGCAGAGAACAAUGUAGAACAACCAGCAGGGACUAGUGAAGACCAGGCUGCUGAGACCAUUUCUGAGCAACCAGCAGAGCCGAGUGUAGACCAAGCGGCAGAGACCAAUGCUGAGAAACCAGCAGACCAAGCUGCAGAGACCAAUGUAGAGCCGUCUGUAGAUAAAGCUGCUGAGACACCAGCAGACAAAGUUGCCGAGACCAAUGUUGAACAACCAGCAGCAGCCAGUGAUGAGCAGUCUGCUGAGAAUAAAACAAAUGCACCUGUAGAGACCAAUGCAGACCAGCCUCAGGAAAAUAACAACCAAACUGAGACUGCACCUACCAAUACUGAAGAACCUGUAAUAUCAACCAAAAAGCCUCCAGCAGAAUCAGAACAACCACAGCUUAUUGCUCCAUUACCAAGUGGAGUUGGUACAGAUGAUAUAUCAACUGAAAAACAAACUGAUGAUGCUCCAACUGUUACAACUGGUGGAGCAGAAACAUUGGAAGAAAAGCAAACAGAUAGAGGCCAAGACCAACAAAGUCAACCAGAAACUGCAGAAACGCAAAAAGAAAAAGAAGCAACUGCCACUGUUAAAUUUCAACUUCUACCGAGCGCUGAAGUAAUAACAAUAGCAUCUGCUCUCAGUACUAGCAUAUCAACCUUGAAAGAAAAUGCAUUGAAAGAAAUUGAAGAUACAAAGUCUGAGUUGCAGAUUAGAUGCAAUGGAGAAGAAGUCAAUCUUCAAAGCACUUUGCUUGAUUUAGGAGUCAAUCCUAACGGCACGAUACAGUUUGAGAUAUUAUCAACAGAUCCAAAUAUAUCACUCAAAUCUGUAAAAGGAAAGAAAGCACCACGGACCCCUGAUUUUAUUACAGUUCGGGUUGCUAAAGAAAACAACGAAUUCCGAGAAGUUGUUGUUGAAAUUGAACGACAGCAAAGAAAGAAAACAUUUCUUGGUGGUUUCAGACAUAAAUUGUCUGGUACUCAGUUUCAUCACGCUGCAGCACAAACUGCUCAGAAAAAAGUCAAAGCAAGUGAAGUUGAAAAAUUUACCAGAGAUUGUCAGACAGUUUUUGAAAAGAACAGUACGCAGCAGACAACUAAUGUAACAUCGACACAAAUGCCAAAAGUUGGUUGUUACAUUUCUACAGAUGAAGACAUAAUAUUAACACCACGAAAAUAUAUCACUUAUGACGAAUAUAUGAAAAAGAGAAUUAAAGCAGUCGUUGUUCUGCAAUCAUAUUUUCGUCGAUGGCAAGCUAGACAUCUCGUGGAUGAAUUAAAACUGGAUCGUGACCGUCGAAUUGAAUGGGAGAGACAAGAAGAAAUCAGAAAAAGGAGAGAAAAAGAAGAAAGAAUUAAACAAGAAUUUGAGAAAAGAAUCAAUCCAAAAACUCGAGAAGAUUUUGAUUUGCUGUAUUCUGCCCUGGAAAAAUGGAGACUUGAAGAACUUGGUCAUAUUGACAAUGAAUUUACCGGAGCAGAAAGAAAGGCAGCUUUAUGUGCGUUACUUGAACAAGAAACUCAACUUAUUGGUUCAAUUGAUCGUCGAAAAAUUGAUGCUUAUAAAGAUGGAAAAGAGAAAAAGAUUUUGCAGUUUUUGGAUAAGGCAGCAGCUCCAAAAAGGUGGAAAGCAUAUGAUGGCCGACAUACAGAGAUGGAUACCCAAUAUACAAUUCGAGCAAAAGAAUUGAGAGAUAUAUACAACAGUAUCAAUAUGAAGUAUCUCACACAAGAUGAGAGGCUCGACGUACUUCUGACAUUAAAACACACUGUGAAGGAACAUGAUUGUAAGUUGACAAGAGAGAUUACUGAACUUAUAGAUCGUGAAGCAGAUCUGCUUAUGAGAGGAGUCAGGGACACUAAUUUAGAAGGAUUGAGAAAACGAAUUUCUACAUUGUUUCUGCAAUAUUGUAAGAAUCCACUUUUCAAUCCAGAGGCUGCUCGACUACUCAAGGUUCCACAAGAUCCCAGUACUUUGGUUCGAGAUAUAUACUUCUGUCCAAGUUCGAACCAAUACCUACCGUCCACUGAAUUUCAACUUACUUCCAAGUCAAGGGCUGUUGGAAAAAGCAGAAAGGUUCAGCAACUGGAUAAUGAAGCUCGUACAAGACAAGAUUAUUCUCAUUAUCGAAUCAUGUUACGAGCACUUCGACAAUCAGAAGAAGGUUAUCAUGAUAACAGCAAAAUUGCAUACUUGAUACAGGAAAAAGAUCUUCAAUACUUGAUUGAAAAUAUCUGGGGAGCACAAAGUAUACUGAGUUCAUGGGAUGAUUUGUAUGAUCUUGUAUUAGUAAGAUGGGAUAGAGAUGAAGAAUGGUCACCAUGGAAUACUAUACUUCUUACAAAAGAUGAAGCGAUUGCUCAUAAUAAACUUGAUCACUUACAAGAGGCAUACAGCAGGCAGUUUGUUUCUAAAGUCUGUCACAAACACACACUGGCUCGUGUCCAUUUUGUCAAAUUACCAGGAAUGGCAGAAGCAUUGAGAAAGAAGGCUUCAGGAUCACAAAGAUUACCAGGACCAGGAAAAGUGGAAGGAAUCAGUGCUCUCAGUGCAUAUUAGGAACAAUUUUUACAAUUUUGAGUUUUUUAUUUUAUUUGCAGUUUUUGAUGGUUACAAAAAACUUUACAAAUUUUUCUCAAAAAUUCAAUUGCAAUGUAAAAAAAUGUUGAAAUCCUCUUAUAUAGCAUGAGACCAUUUCAUCUUCAAAAGCAAAUUUUUAGCCGAAAAUAAUAUACAACUUAUGUGUGUUUUUCAACCGUUAUCCUGUUCAUUUUUCAUAAUGAAUCCUUCCUAUUAAAAUGAUAUUUCUUGUUCUCUAUAUCUUAUUUUAUGUAAAAUAAUAAUGAAAAAUUAAUAUAUAA